CCGGAAGUGGAGGGAGGGGGUGAAAAUGGCGCCCAGCUCGAAAUCGGAGCGGAACAGCGGGGCCGGGAGCGGCGGCGGCGGCCCAGGGGGCGCCGGGGGGAAGCGGGCAGCAGGGCGGCGGCGGGAGCACGUCCUCAAGCAGCUGGAGCGGGUCAAGAUCAGUGGGCAGCUCUCCCCUCGCCUCUUCCGGAAGCUGCCGCCCAGGGUCUGCGUCUCCCUCAAGAACAUCGUGGACGAGGACUUCCUCUACGCAGGACACAUCUUCCUGGGCUUCUCCAAGUGCGGCCGCUACGUCCUGUCCUACACCAGCAGCAGCGGGGACGACGACUUCUCCUUCUACAUGUACCACCUGUACUGGUGGGAGUUCAACGUGCACAGCAAACUCAAGCUGGUCCGGCAGGUGCGGCUCUUCCAGGACGAGGAGAUCUACAGCGACCUGUACCUGACCGUGUGCGAAUGGCCCAGCGAUGCCUCCAAAGUCAUUGUCUUCGGUUUCAACACCCGCUCGGCCAACGGGAUGCUCAUGAACAUGAUGAUGAUGAGCGAUGAGAACCACCGCGACAUCUACAUCAGCACCGUGGCGGUGCCGCCACCAGGCCGCUGCGCUGCCUGCCGGGAAGCCAGCCGAGCCCAUCCAGGUGACGCGAGCGCACAGUGCCUGCGCCACGGCUUCAUGCUGCACACCAAGUACCAGGUGGUCUACCCCUUCCCCACCUUCCAGCCCGCCUUCCAGCUCAAGAAGGACCAGGUGGUGCUGCUCAACACCAGCUACUCCCUGGUGGCCUGCGCCGUCUCCGUCCACUCGGCAGGUGAUAGCAGCUUCUGCCAGAUCCUGUAUGACCACUCCACCUGCCCCCCAGCCCCUCCCAGCCCCCCUGGGCCCCGGAGCCCAGAGGCGCCCCCCGCCUGCCCCAGCCUCUGCCCUGAGGCGGCCCCCGCCCAGCCCUCUGGGGCCCCUGAGCCCUCGCCCGCCAUCGCCAAGGCCAAGGAGUUUGUGGCCGACAUCUUCCGCAGGGCCAAAGAGGCCAAGGGCGGGACCCCAGAGGAAAGCCGGCCGCCCCCCUGCCCGGGGCCCUCGGGCACCCGCCUCCGCCUGCCCUCUGAGCCCCCAGCCCCUGGUCGCGAGGCAGUGCCCCGGGACAGCCCCCCGGCAGCAGAGGCACCGGCCCCCGAGCCCGGCUACGUUAACUACACUAAGUUGUACUACGUGCUGGGGUCCAGCGAGGGGACGGAGCCAGAGGAUGAGUUUGAGGAUGACAAGAUCUCCCUGCCCUUUGUGGUGACUGAUCUCCGUGGCCGCAACCUGCGGCCCAUGCGGAAACGGGCCGCCGUCCAGGGUCAAUACCUGACAGUGGAGCAGCUCACGCUGGACUUUGAGUACGUCAUCAAUGAGGUCAUCCGCCACGACGCCACCUGGGGCCACCAGUUCUGUUCCUUUAGCGACUAUGACAUCGUCAUCCUGGAGGUCUGCCCAGAAACCAACCAGGUCCUCAUCAACAUCGGCCUGCUGCUCCUGGCGUUCCCGUCCCCGACCGAGGAGGGCCAGCUACGACCAAAGACCUAUCACACCAGCCUCAAGGUGGCCUGGGACCUCAACACCGGCAUCUUUGUGACAGUCAGUGUGGGUGACCUCACAGAGGUCAAAGGGCAGACCAGCGGCAGUGUCUGGAGCUCCUACCGCAAGAGCUGUGUGGACAUGGUCAUGAAGUGGCUGGUGCCCGAGAGCAGCGGCCGCUACGUCAACCGGAUGACCAACGAGGCGUUGCACAAAGGGUGCUCCCUGAAGGUUCUGGCGGACAGCGAGCGCUACACGUGGAUCGUGCUGUGAGGGCCGGCCGCCCGCACACUGACUCCAACUACCUCCGCGGCCCGGAGCUGGCCGCCCUGCCCGGUUGGCUGGCCCGCCGACGGCUGGCGCUAGUGUUCAGCUGCGGGCAGGGGGCUGGCGGGGCGGCCCCUGGUGGCCUGAGAGUCUGGACGCUUCUUAUUUAUGCCUAUUUAAGUUGGGAAGGGGUAGAGGGAGGGAGCCCCUGCCCCCCCAGCCCCCCAAGCGCCCGCCCGCCUUCACCCUGCGCUGGGCACGGCCCUGCCCUCUCUCGUUUGCCCCCUCCUCUGCUCCAGGCGUGGGCAUCGUCCCCUGGGGAGGCCGAGUGGACCUGGCUCCCUGCCUGUCCCCAGCCUGCCCCACUCGAGGUGGCAAACGUGGCAGCCGUCCCCGCUCCCCUGUCGUUCCUCUUCAUGUAAUAAAUGUUUUAUUUCUGAA